AUGCCUCAACGUCGCGAUACCUCGAAAUCCUUCCUGUCUCCCUCGAAUUAUGAUGACGAUGCCUCAAGUGUUCACAGCGAGCGCAGCGACCAGGACUCGGAUAGCGAAGACGAUGAAGUUCUUUUGGGCGCCCGCACAAGCGCGGAUAUACGCGCACACGAUCGAAGUGUGUUGAUCGAAGAAGAAGAAAGAGACAAAUUGUUGUUGGAGGAGAGUAUGAAACGUGGUCGCCGAGGCAGUGGGAUGUCAAUAGCAGCUCCACUAAAGAAGCUAUUUCAAAAGAGUUAUAGCGAAUUGCCCCACGAAGGAGGAAUUGAGAUGAGCGAAAAGCGUGAUGUAGGAAGUGGCAAAAGAGAACGACGGAAGAACCGGAGGGCAAGGAGAAGCCAGAAGAAGGAGAAAUUGAUGCGUGGGGAGGAUGGGCGACUAUUGUACGAAAUGGAGGAAGGAGGAAUGAGGGAAGGGAGCGUAACGGGGGAGAGUAGCGAGACAGAGGACAGUAUUGAGGUUGACCGGAGAGGUCUGCUCGGUCUACAGGACGAGAAAUCACAAAAACGACGGAAAUGGCGCAGGUGGUGCUUGAUACACCUCUUCAUAACACUCGGAUUUUCGGUACUUGUGUUGGUAGCCUGGAAGCUCUCGACGAAUCGGAAAGGGGCGAAAGCCAACCAGAAAAUUAUGAGCAAUGGCACAGCGUUAUUUGCUCCUACAACUAUAUUGAUAAGUCUGGAUGGAUUCAGAGCUGAUAUGUUGCAUCGAGGAAUUACGCCCAGGUUAAAAUCCUUCGUCGAGGAAGGAGUGUCACCGGCCUAUAUGAUGCCAAGUUUCCCUUCUGUCACAUUUCCCAAUCACUAUUCACUAGUCACCGGUCUAUACCCUGAGUCGCAUGGGAUUGUCGGAAAUACGUUUUGGGACCCGGUGUUAAAAGAGGAGUUCUACUAUACAAAACCAAUAGCAAUGUUGCCAAAGUGGUGGGGUGGUGAGCCUCUCUGGGUUACAGCAGAGGAGCAAGGAAUCAGAACGGCUAUUCAUAUGUGGCCUGGAAGCGAGGCGCAUAUCAUGGCUGUUGAGCCUGCCUUUGUCGAUGUUUAUAAUGGAAAGGAAGAAUUGACAAAAAAGGCAAGCAGGAUACUCGAACUUCUGGAUAAACCAGGAGAGGAGAAUGAGGUGGCGGAAACCGUCGAUAUGCGACCGCAGCUUAUUGCGGCUUAUGUUCCGAAUGUUGAUGUGGACGGGCAUAAGUUCGGACCUAAUAGCACGGAAAUUCGAACGACGAUUGCCAACGUUGACAACAUGUUGAACGAGUUGUUCAAUGGCUUGGAAAAGCGGAACCUGACUAACAUAGUUAACGUAGUCAUUGUCUCUGAUCAUGGAAUGGCUACCACAGACAUCACUCGACUUAUCCAGAUGGAAGACAUUAUUGAUACGAGUUUGAUUGAGCACAUGGAUGGUUGGCCCCUCUAUGGUCUUCGCCCCAAAGACAUGAAGGAUUUACAGGGGCUUUAUGAUACGCUUGCUGAGGAAGCUUCCAAAAACCCAAAUUUUGAAGUUUACCUCCGCGACAAAAACAUGCCGGAGCGUUAUCACUUUUCCAAAAACGAGCGAAUUGCUCCGUUGUGGGUCAUUCCAAAGACGGGCUGGGCUAUAACCACCCGGAAAGAAUUCAACAUUGCUGAAGGAAAAGAGAAGGGGCUUGUUUAUCACCCUCGGGGCCUUCAUGGUUAUGACCACGAACACCCGCUUAUGCGUUCGAUCUUCGUUGCCAGAGGACCAGCAUUUCCGCAUGCACCAAAUAGUCGUGUGGAACCAUUUCAAAAUAUUGAGGUCUACAAUAUCAUUUGCGACUCGCUGGGUCUAACACCGAACCCCAAUAAUGGAACCAUUAGACUUCCUUUUAAGACCGUAGGUCUCCAUUCAUCGGAACCCACACCACAGGAACUUGUUGAUCCUCCUCCGCCGACCACACCUUCACCUUCAGUACCACUCUCAUCUACAUCAUCAUCAAUGACAGCCUCCCAGACUGCAGACGCCGGUCUUGAUGGAGUUAUUUCAAUAUCCCCCAUUGAGGUUGAUCCAGUCCCAGAUUCCAAUGUUUACUCACCUGAUGUGGUUCCAGUGGGUGUUGACCAUGUGGAUGAAGCAAAUGUCGACCGUCCAGUUGUUGGCGAUGAUAGUGUAGUCUCAGAAGGGGAGAAGAAGAAUUUUUGGUCCUGGCUUACCGAUAAGUUCGAGUCUGUGAAGACAUGGCUCAAGAACGGUAAAAAGAAGGAAGACGAGAAUGUGACAGUAGUGUAG